GUCAAGCGCCCUCUUAAUGCAUUCAUGCUAUAUCGCAGGACAUUUCAAAAGAUGGUCUCUGUUUUCUGCAAGGGUGAGAAAGAAAAUCACCAGGAAAUUUCGAAAGCUACUGGAUACUGCUGGCGAAACCUGGAGCCUCAAAAAAUACAUGACAUAUUCGAACGACUGUAUGCACUUGAGAGACAACAUCACAAGCUCGCUCACCCUGAAUACAAAUAUGAUCCC